CCCUCCUCCAUAAAGAGAGAGUUUAAUGGGUUUAAAACGCAGCGCUGCGGUUUAUGGUGACCUCUGCCUGCCGCAGGGAGAACGGCUCAGCACCGAGAUAAACUCCCUGGCUGUUGACGUGAGGACGGCGCCCUGACCCAACGUUAUCCCGACAGUUUUAUCCAGACAUCAUUUUAACAGUGACAGCCACCUGGACUCACCAGCUGCAGCCUCACCUGAACUCCACUCCCGACUUAUCCAUGAAUUAGCAUAACUUAAAUCCUCUCGAUAAUGUCUUUUAACCAACUUACAGCCGCGCCGUCCGGGUCAGUUGGUUAAAGUUGCCUAGCCGUUAGCUCUCAGUUCAGGCAGCCAGCACACAAACUAGCUGAUGCGUUGUGCGGUUACUGGCUUUCAACGGCUGUCAGCAUCAUCACCACGACAACAGCGGAACGUGUGAUGGAAGGGUGAAGGGAACGAUGCUGAAAUUCCUCCAUAUCCUGUUAACGGGUCUGUUAGGUGUUCUGUGGGAUAAAGUUACCGCUUUUGAGGGGAUUAGACUAGUGGGUGGGGAGAGCAAGUGUUCUGGCAGAGUUGAGUUACUCCGCCAUAACAAGUGGGGGACGGUUUGCGACCAUGGCUGGGACCUCCGUGAGGCUUAUGUGGUGUGCCUGGAUCUGGGAUGUGGCUUAGCUGAAGCUGCCCUUCACAAUGCAGCAUUUGGUGCAGGCAGUGGAGAGAUCUUCCUUCGGCAUGUCCAGUGCUCUGGACAUGAGUCUAGUCUGACACGCUGUGCUGUCGUCCUCCACAGUAACCCCCACUGCACCCAUGAGAAUGAUGCAGGGGUGAAAUGCUCAGGUACCCUUUUAAUGCCCACCCUCACCCUGCUGUCACCUCACACUGUGUUCUCUCCGGGGGAGGCUGUGCGCUUCAGCUGCAGUGUUCUGCUGGGUAACCACCUCAGUGACUUCCACCUGUACAAGCAUGGAGUAUCCACGCCGCUGGUUACACAGAGGGUAGACCAGAGCCAGAUCAGAGUGGAGCUGACACUGUCCGACAUAGAGACUUUCCACCAGGGCAGUUACAGCUGUCGGUACAGGAUCAAGGGCAUUUCUCCUUCUCAGCUGCACAGCUCUCCACCCAGCAACUCCAUCAACAUCACUGUGGUGGAACUCCUGACUCCCCAACACUGGUACAACACGUCCACCGAGGCCCCGGCUGGUUCCGUCAUUAAAGGCCACAGUUUUAACAUCACCUGCUCCACCCUGCAGCAGUACCCUGGGGGCUCCUUCCAGCUGCGUCUCAUCCGCUCCAACGGCACAGUGCGUCAGUCUCUGCCGGCCCUCACCCCGUCUGUCACUUUCACCUUCCCCAGCGCCCAGAGCUCCAACGAGGGCUACUACUACUGCCUGUAUCGGGUCCAGCUGGGCGGACGCACUUUUGUCUCCAGAGAAAGCCAGCCCCUGCCUAUAGCCAUCAGAGACCCAGAUCCGAUACUGAGUCCAAUGGUGAUCAGCUGGCUUGUGUCUGGCCUGACGUUUGUUGUAGCUGUCAUCAUCAUUAUUAUCGUGGCCAAAGUGCUGCGUAACAAAGAGAAGAAGCCCUCUGAACUGGAGCGAGAGACCAGAACCUGUGUGGACAACACUUAUGUUGCCUUAUCAAUUAACAAGCUAUGAUGGGGUACGCAGGCAACAGAUAAGUAAAGAAUUACACGAGUGGACCGUCAGGAGGCUCAGACUGUGUCCUUUGUGGAUUCAGGCAGCAGGAGACGUAAAAAAGAACCAGACAGCUCGGUCAGCGAUCCACAAACUUGGAGAAGGCAGCAGGAGGAACCAGUUCAGUACAGUCUGGAUGUUUUUACUGGACAUUAACAUAGACCUGUUAAAGACUGCAUGGUGUACCAGAUUCUGCUGGGAGACGAUGGAUACUGUACAGUACAGUAUAUACAGCACAAACAAUAGCCUGGUUGAAGUCAGUCUCGGUUCAAGCUAGACUUUAGAUUCAGUCAGUCUCGGCUGUGACCCCUGAUGUGUGCAGUGGAAAGCUAAUACUAAAAGCCUAACUGGGAAACUGUGACAUGGGUUCCUCAGGUCUUUGUAUAUGCUGUAUAAAAACACAGUUUUUAUUUAUUAACAGGUAACAGGAACGACGGGCUCCACUAGCUUAUUGUGUACUUGCUUCCACACAUCAACAAUAGUUAAAGGAUUACAGGAUGUUUUUGUAUUUUAAGUCUAACCCUAACUACUAUGCAUCUUAUGUCAUUUACCAUAUGUACAUUACUGCACUUUAAGUGUGUAAAUAGAAGCUUUCAUUGAUUAAAAUGCUGCUGUUGUUGGA